ACACGUUCUCUGACCCGCUCUCCCAGAGGCGCCUUCUGGUUCUUCUGCUUGGACUGAGGAGGCGAGGAAGGGCGGCGACCCGGGGGCGGAGGGGAGUGGCCGCCGUGGCCUAUUUCCGCGAGCACUGCGAACCCUGUUCGUGGAGCUCCGCGCCAGCUUUCCCCAUCCACGCAGCCUCGUGGGCCCCCGCCGUCCGCAUCUAUGCAGCCCCGUCGAUCCCCGCGGCCCGCGCUGCUGCUGAGCCUCUGGCUGCUACCGAGCCUCGCACUGGCCGCUGCUGCUGCCGCGGCGCCCGCGAACCCAGAGUACACCGACGUCCCCGGGCAGCCUCCGGCAGUGGGGCUGCCACGCGGGAUCCUGCAGCUGGCGGCGCGUGCCGCGCUGCACUUCUUCAAUUUCCGCGCUGGCUCGCCCAGCGCGCUACAGGUGCUGGCCGCCGUGCAGGAGGGCCGCGCGUGGGUCGACCCUCAAGAGGGCUGCAAAGUGGACUUGGUGUUUAGCACAGAGCAGUACAACCCCGAGCAGGAAGGUGAGGAACGUUUGGGCAAGUGUUCUGCGAGGGUGUUCUUCAAGAAUGAAAAACCCAGACCGGUCAUUAAUGUAACCUGCACACGGCUCUUUGAUAAAGUCAAGAGGCAAGAAAAGGAUUAUCUGCUUUACAAGCAGAUGAAACGAUUGAAGACUCCUCUGGACAUCAUCAGUAUACCUGACAGUCAUGGACACAUUGAUCCCUCACUGAGACCCCUGUGGGACUUGGCUUUCCUUGGCAGCUCGUACGUGAUGUGGGAGAAGACGACCCAGUUUCUGCACUACUACCUGGUCCAGCUCAGCAGUGUGAAGCAGUUGAAAACGGAUGAUGACAGCAUUGACUUUGACUUCGCUGUUCUACUUCAUGAAUUUGCCACACAGGAAAUCAUUCCCUGCCGCAUUCACUUGGUCUGGUACCCUGGUAAACCCCUCAAAGUAAAUUACCAUUGUCAAGAGCCACAGAGCCCAGAAGAAGCCUCUGGAAACGAGGAGGAAGCAUCAGCUAUGGCACCAAUAGAGUUCAGUAAUUUCUAGAGAAGAAAUGAUCUGCUUCCAUUAUAUUCUAAACAAAACGACUCCACUAGCCUGCCUCAUCACUCCUGCCUUGUUUCUCCCCUGACCUACCCCGGUGCUGCACUCUGCAAGCACCCUGAUGGGGCCUGACAGUCUCAGCACAUCCACCACACAGCAGGUGGAUCAACAACUGCUUUGGGAAAAGGUUUUGUGUUUUUGUUUUGAGAUUGUGUUUUUCAUUGUUCUGGACAUAUUGUGGUUAUUUUAUGUUGCUAAAUUGUUCUUACUAUGUCAACUUUUUUUCAAUAAAAGUAAAUGGUGGGGAAAUAUUAACUGCUAAUCUCAGGCAAGUAUUUCCUUUUAACGUGAU